UGAAACAACGGAAUGACAGGAAGUUUCAUUUUCAAUAUAACUCGUUAAUACUGCACUGGUAUUCUACUGCUUCCCCCAUGAGACUUUUAUUUUGAAAGCACUUACCGGAAGCUGUGCCACUACCUCUCUGAAAUUGGCUACAGUCGCUGCAGAUCAGUUCGAGCAGAAGACACAAUCGUUAGCCAGAGCUACAUAUGUUAUAACUGUGAGGAUUGUGGAAUUGGACACAUAUGGAUCCUAACAGAAUAAUCCAGGCUCUGAAAGGAACCAUCGACCCAAACCUGAGGAUAGCGGCAGAGAAUGAGCUCAAUCAGUCCUACAAGAUCAUCAACUUUGCACCAACUCUGCUCCAGAUUAUUGUGUCGGAGCAGGUGGAAUUUCCCAUUCGCCAGGCAGCUGCCAUCUACCUGAAGAAUAUGGUGAGUCAGUAUUGGCAGGACAGGGAGCCAUCUCUGGGUGAGGUUGUCUUUCCCUUCAAUAUCCACGAGAACGACCGGCAGCAGAUCAGAGAUCAUAUUGUGGAGGGCAUCAUCCGCUGUCCAGAGUCCAUACGCGCUCAGCUGACUAUGUGUCUACGAGCAAUCAUCAAGCACGACUUCCCUGGCCGCUGGACAGCUAUCGUGGACAAGAUCGGCAUGUAUCUGCAGUCUCAGAACAGUGGCAGCUGGUAUGGCAGCCUGCUGGCUCUCUAUCAGUUGGUUAAAACUUAUGAAUACAGAAAGGCAGAUGAGAGGGAACCCCUCUUGGCAGCCAUGCAGAUCUUUCUGCCAAGAAUCCAGCAGCUCAUCAGUCAGCUGCUGGUCGACGGCACCAUCUUCUCUGUCCUCAUUCAAAAGCAGAUCCUUAAGAUCUUCCACGCUCUUGUACAGUACUCGCUGCCUCUCCAGCUGAUCAACAAUGCAGUGAUGACACAGUGGAUGGAAAUCUUCAGAGCUAUCAUGGACCGAGACGUCCCUGCUGAGACGCUGGAGGUUGAUGAGGACGACCGUCCUGAACUGGCAUGGUGGAAGUGUAAGAAGUGGUCGUUGGGAAUCCUUACCAGACUUUUUGAGCGGUAUGGAAGUCCUGGCAAUGUGACAAAGGAGUACAGCGAGUUUGCAGAUUUUUUCCUAAAGACAUACGCAGUUGGCAUACAACAGGUCCUGCUUAAAGUGGUGGACCAGCACAGACAGAAGCAGUACAUCACACCCCGUGUCCUGCAGCAGUGCCUCAACUACCUCAACCAGAGCCUGUCACACUCCCUGACCUGGAAACAGAUGAAGCCACAUAUGCAGACCAUUUGCCAAGACGUCGUCUUCCCUCUCAUGUGUUACAAAGAUGAGGAUGAGAAACUGUGGCAGGAAGACCCCUAUGAAUACAUCCGCAUGAAGUUCAACAUGUAUGAUGAUCAUGCCCUCCCUGCCACCGCUGCUCAGAGCCUCUUAUGUAAAGCUGCCCGCAAGCGCAAGGAGGUUCUUCCCCACAUGAUGGAGUUCUGCCACCAGAUACUGAUGAACCCCUCUGCUGACCCCUGCAGGAAAGAUGGAGCACUGCACUGCAUUGGUGCUCUGAGUGACCUUUUAUUGAAGAAGCGGAUGUACAGGGAGCAGAUGGAGCUGUUGUUGCAGAACUACGUCUUCCCUUUGCUUAACUCUACCAGUGGUUACCUACGAGCCAGAGCGUGCUGGGUGCUCCACUGCUUCAGCUCACUGCGUUACCAUGACGAUGUGGUUCUGAGGAACGCUGUGGAGUUGGUAAAACAGAAUCUGAUCAACGACAAAGAGAUGCCUGUCAAGGUGGAGGCUGCCAUUGCUCUGCAAGCAUUGGUCAGCAACCAGGAACAAGCCAAGCUGUACAUCAGGCCGUAUAUCCGUCCGGUCAUGCAGGAACUGCUACACGUGGUCAAAGAGACAGAGAAUGAUGAUUUGACCAAUGUAAUUCAGAAGAUGAUCUGUGAGUACAACCAGGAAGUGGCGGCCAUAGCUGUGGACAUGACGCAAAAUCUGGCAGAGAUCUUCACCAGGGUCCUUCAGAGUGAGGAGUAUGAAGAGAAUGAGGACAAGACUGUCAUGGCCCUCGGCAUCCUUAGCACCAUCGACACUAUUCUCACGGUCAUGGAGGAUCACAAAGAGAUCACUCAGCAACUUGAAGGGAUCUGUUUGCAGGUGAUUGGCCUGGUCUUGCAGAAGCCCAUCAUAGGUAUGGCAGAAUUCUAUGAGGAGAUCUUGUCCCUGGCGUUUGGCCUCACUUGUCAGACGAUCUCCCCUCAGAUGUGGCAGCUACUGGGAAUCCUGUACGAGGUCUUCCAACAUGACUGCUUUGACUACUUCACAGAUAUGAUGCCUCUCUUGCACAAUUAUGUUACCGUGGAUACAGACAUGCUCUUGUCCAACCCAAAACACUUAGAGGUCAUCUACAGCAUGUGCAAAAAGGUGCUAACCACAGAUCCAGGAGAGGAUGCUGAGUGUCACGCUGCCAAACUGUUGGAGGUCAUCAUCCUGCAGUGCAGAGGCAGAGGCAUCGACCAGUGCAUCCCUCUGUUUGUGGAGGCAGUGCUGGAGCGUCUGAUGAGAGGUGUGAAGACCAGUGAGCUGAGAACCAUGUGCCUGCAGGUGGCUAUCGCCGCUCUCUAUUACAACCCAGCGCUGCUCAUACACACUGUGGACAACAUGCACUUCCCACACAGCCCACAACCCAUCACUGCCCACUUCAUCAACCAGUGGAUGAAUGACACCGAGUUCUUCAUGGGACUUCAUGACCGUAAGAUGUGUAUCAUUGGACUAAGUGUGCUGAUGGAACUGCCCAGCCGACCAGCAGUGCUGGACAGUGUCGCCGCCCAGAUUGUCCCCUCCAUCCUACUCCUUUUCCUGGGCCUCAAACAUAUAUAUGCCUCUCGCCUGAUCAACAAACCCAAUAUGCUGGCCCAGGUAGGGCCUCAGGAGGAAGACCAAAAUGAGGAGAUUCCCAGUGAUGAAGAUGAGGUGAACGAAAACCGAAAUGCCGUUCAGCAGCAGUCCAGCACACUGAUGUGUCAGGGAGGUGAGGCAGAUGAUGAAGAUGAAGAUGACUACUGGGAUGACGAUGGCUUUGAAGGAACACCCCUAGAGGAGUACAGCACACCCCUGGACUAUGACAAUGGAGAGGACGAGUAUCAGUUCUUCACAUGCACCCUGCUCAGGGUCCAGAGCACUGAUGCAGCCUGGUACCAGAGUCUGACUGGUCCACUCAGUGAUGAUCAGAAGAAACAGCUCCAAGAAAUCUACAGCAUCUCCCAGCAGCGCAGGAGUACCGCCACCAAGGGCCAGUGGUGAGGGAAAUACACUGGGAAAAAAGAACUGAUGGUGAAGAUUUGCAAUGUCAGACCUGAAGAGAGUUUUGGUCGCUUCUGAAUGACUUCAGUCCACAUCAGAACCACAUCCACAUCAGAGGAUGGCUGGAAGGAUGGAUGGAUGGAUGAUCAAGCACCAGGGGGUGCAGUGGCAUUAUAUCAGUUUGGAUCUUAGAGCCCUGUAUAGAACCACAGACUCCUACUGGACAGAACUGCCAACCUGUGUGUUUGUGCGCAUGAAUUCAAAUGUCUAUGACCAGCAAAGUGGAUGUGUGUGUGUGCGUGUGCGUGUGUGUGCGUGUGUGUGUGCGCGUGUGUUGUGGUUAGGCUGUGCAGAUGAAUUGAAGUCAGUGAGAGUCCUUAAAACGAUAGCUGCACGGACCUGUGAACCUGUGUGUGAGUGUUUGUACCAAUUAUAAGCACUUGUUUUAAUCUCUGUAAGUGAACACUUUUUUUAUCAUCUCACAAAAAGACAAGACCUCUGUCUGUUGGGGUGUGUGUCUGUCUUUCUUUCUGCCAUCUGUAUGUCUUUCUUUAUGUCGUCUGUCUGUCAGGGUGCCAGACUUCAAACUGGAAGUGUGAGCUCUUAAGACUUAGGGACUCCAAGUCUAUUGUUACACAAAUGAGUUGUAAAUGAAAGGUCUAAGGAGAAGAAUUGUUUUUUGGGUUGUUUUUUGUUCCUGGGUUUUGUUUUUGUAAUGGUUUUUGAGCUAAUUUAAGGAAGUCAUAAAAAUUAAUUCAAAAUCA